UCUCUUUCUCUCCCCCAUCACCACUGCACAACCUUGCCAACAAAAUAAACAGCACAAUGUCUUCCGAUAACCGUGACAACUUUCCCCACUCUGAGCCCAUUCCAAUCGGAAACUCGCCCUCUCGCCGUCGCGGCGUGUCUUUCUCGUCUACGGACAGCUCACCAUCGUCGCCACCUAUCCAAACACCCGUAUCUGCUUAUUCACCCAAGGUGGCGACGUCGCCCUCUGCAUCUUCUCCGAUUCUGUCGUAUUUCUUGAGCUCUCCGACGAAGCCCAGCACGUUUCCAUUCCGUACCCCGCCCUUCGGCAACGCCCCUGUCUUCGAAGAUGAGGAGGCGCCCGACCCAGAUGGACCUCCUUCCUCAAUGCACGCUCGUCGUGCGUCCACUGCCUGGGGUGGUAACUCCCGCCUCCCUGCUACGCCAGCACAGCCGGCCCCUGUUCCGGCUCAGCACUCUCAGCACCAGCGCGGCGUAGGGGUCCUUCGUCGACUCUCCCUUGGUGGAGGGUUCAGACCGAGCGGCUUUGACCGAACUGGGUCACCACCUAGUCCUUCUACCCCUCCACCCUCCACCAUCGCCACAUCCCCACCUGUUUCUCUGGCUAGUCCUGCAUCGGGCGAGAGGAGGGCGAGGAGGGCCACAACUCUUGCCGUCCGAGCACCCGAAAAGCCCAAGAGAGCGCCGUCACCCAUGGGCGAGCGCAUCUUGAAGGGCCACUUCGAUGGGUUCAACUGAGCCAUCUGGAUGCAUCAAGUCGAAACGAGGGUCGUUGACGGCCUCAUCUCAUCGAUCUCAGCCGUAUGGCGUCGGCCUCCAUCGCACAGGCCCCCAUCGCACAUUCUGCUGCAUCGGCAUGGCUUCUGUACCUCGAUCCCGUCUCGUCUCACUUCACGGUCACUGUAACCAUCCCCCGCCACACGCAUUCCGUCUCGUUCAUCUGUCUCUCGCGUCAUCGGACUGUGAUUCAUCACCGUCUCCAUCAUUGUACCAUCAUCCUAAUUCCGAAGUGGAGCAACAGUCUCUCUGAUAAAACGACGAGUGUAGGAAGGAGAAGUCUCCAUCAUUUAUAACAACAACAAUACCGUCGUCUGCGGUGCUCGUCUCGUCUCGAACACGCCUUCCUGCGCGCUCAUCGAUCUGUUGGAGUUCACCGCAGGUGACCCGAGCUGUCUACCUACUCCAACGCGGCUCGUCUCCUUCAUGGUGAGCGCUCUCGGUCGUCGCGGCCGUCUAUACUCGUUUCGGUCUGCGCAGCCGCUGCACGAUCGUGUCUGAUCACCGCCAAAAUACGUCCUACACACCGUUCGAUUUUCAUUGUACACCUCGCAUCGCGCGUACAUAAUUCAUCAUCGUCAUCACCAUUGCACUCAUACGUCACACAUCAUACUACCUGUCUUUCGUCUCCACCUUCGAUCUCGUCUUCAGCUUCAUCGCCAGUCGUUAUUGAGCGCCGCCCUCGCCAUUCGUUCCAAUUUGGUCCACCAUCCACCGUCUGAAGUGUUCAUCAAUGUAUACUUAUCCUCUUGCCUUCUCUGUGCGCGAUAGACUGGUCAUUUUCGUGUUUCACGCACUCUACUUCUCCUCUUCUUCGUCCGUUUCUUUAGCUUCCCUUUCUCCUGCCUUUCCGUUCUCUUAUGGUUCACCAUCUACUUUGUAUGGACCGAUGUAUGUUCGAAUGUCUUGUGCGUCUGCAGUCUUUUGGAUAGUCAUGUACUUCUACCAGUUCCUACUCUCUCUUCCUUGGUUUUCAUGUCGAAUAAGUAUGUACACGUCUGUAAGUAAUAUUAUUGCGUAUUCGAGACUGUAUAGUCUUCAUCCUGUCUAAAGGGUGGUUAC